UUUAUCACCGCCCCACCUGCCGGCCUUCAGUCGGAGCUUCAACCCGGUUACCGAGCGCACCGCCUGCCCGCUGUCGUUUCUCCUCUCGCUGCAACCUGUUUGAGCGUUUUUGCCUCCUCCGUUGAUGGUGCAGAUCAUAUCUGGUAGGAAAGCCGACAGGAAAAGAUGGAUGGCAUAAAAAGAUCCCCAUCUCUCUGCGUCUCUCCCUCCCAAUCCAUCCAUUUGUCAGUCGCUUCCUUUGCCCGCCUCUCCAGCAUGUCGCUGAAGGUCCAGACCAGCAAUGUGACCAACAAGACAGACCCAAAGUCGAUCAACUCCCGGGUGUUUAUCGGCAACCUGAACACAGCGGUGGUGAAAAAGUCGGACGUGGAGAGCAUCUUCUCCAAGUAUGGCCGGGUGCUGGGCUGCUCCGUGCACAAGGGCUACGCCUUCAUCCAGUACGCCAGUGAGAGGCACGCCAGGGGGGCCGUGAUCGGGGAGAACGGCAGGGUGCUGGCUGGACAGAUGCUGGAUAUCAAUAUGGCUGGAGAACCGAAGCCAAGCAGAUCCAAAAGCCUGAAGCGAUCGGCAGCCUCUCUCUACAGUGGCUAUGAGUUUGACUAUGAUUACUACAGAGAAGACUUCUAUGACAGGUUGUUUGAGUACCAUGGCCGGGUGUCUCCAGUCCCUCGGGUGGUGCCCGUCAAACGGCCACGGGUAGCAAUGCCUCUGGUACGACGGGUCAAGUCCUUACCAGUCAAACUGCUGGCCCGUAACGCCUCCGUCCUCCCCACCAGCAACGGCAACAAGCAGAGAUCAGUGAAAGGUGCAGAGCUUCAGGCGAUCAAGUCAGAGUUGACUCAGAUCAAAGUCAACAUUGAAGCAUUGCUGGGCAGACUGGAGCAGAUCACAGACGACGCACACAUCACUGCCACAGAGCUGAGGAAGGCAGAGUGUAAGAGCAACGAGGUGUGGCAGGAAGAGGAGGAGUCGAGCUCAGAGCUGGAGGGCGAGGAGGGACACAGACAGAACAGCGAAGCUGAAGAGGACAAAUACGAGGAGGAGGAGGAGGGAGAGCACACGCAGGACAACACCUACGACUACAUGCCGGAGAACUGUCGCCUAUCAUCAGAGAUGGACUCCAUUCACCCAUGAGAGGUAGUGUGGACUGUGGUGGAAGAGACAGACAGAGAGAGAAAGAGAAAGACACUGAGCGCGCCGAGGACAGAAAGAGACCUGGAUUACAGCACAGAAGGCAAUCAAACAGCAGGGAGCCGGACACACGCACUCACACACAUCCGUACAAACACACAGUAGAGAGACAGACUUGACACAUUGUCAGAGCCACAGGAAAAUACUAAAACAGCAGGAUACUGCCAUAACACAUCAUAAACAAGAUGAGUUACACUCAGUAACACACAUAGAUGAAAGAAAUGCACAGAGACAGACAGAUUUGAUGGUGCGUCAGAGCCGCAGAGAGAUGGUAAAACAGCAGGCUGUUGUCAAAACAUCCAUCUUAAAGCAACACUUUUUACACACCCCCCCCCCCCCCCCCCCCCCACCAUAACACACACACACCCCACACAGAGUAGCAAUUACAUUUGGGAAAGGUGGAGGUCAUCAGAACAUCAUGUGCUGAUUAAGCGGACUUUCAACAACACGGGUGACAAUACUGUCAAAACCUUGUUUGUGCAAAUUCUUUAAUGAAAACUGACAAUGCACUGUAGGGCUGGGCUUCAUGAUGUUUACAGUGUUGUUAUAUAUACAGUAUAAUAUAUAUAUAUAUAUAUAUAUAUAUAUAUAUAAUAUAAUAUGUGUAUAUAUAUCUCAAUCAAAAUGUCAACAAUAGACUGAAUCACAUAAAAUAAUCAAAUUAAUCUAUGAUGGGAAACACUUUAUUUUUUGGGUACAUCAUUUCAGAUUUAUUUCCAAAUAAUUUCCAAGACAAAGUUAUAUUGUUAGUAAUUGCGGGCAAACUGGAAACAGUGUUCAACUGAUCAAGGCAGUCUCAUUAAGGAGUCCAUGCUGUAUGAUUUUGUACGAAAACUUCUGCACUUCAAUUCUAUGAUAUCCUACCAAAUCAUGAUCAGGGGCUGGUCACAUAGUCAACGUGUAACUCACAUGACUAUAGUCCCGAUAUCCAUCACAUGGGAUUUGGUUCCCAUCCAGUGCGCCGGACCCUUGUGGCACAAGGUGCGUGGUGGAGGUGCGGUGCAUUAUAGCCUGUGCCUCAACCACGUCGGGUAAAUCGACGAUUUGGUUCAACAGCUUGAAUCGUAUGGCCCUGCACGCCUACACAGCGGUGUACAGUUGUCUUGCUGACACCAAAUGUCUCUGGCACAACCCUGUAUUCUGCACAGUAAUGUCAACUUGUGACCAAACUGCGCUUUGCGUAGUCUAGUUUAUUCGCUCUAAACCAGUUGAUGGAAACGCUUCUAAUUAACAUUUUCUUCUUUUUGGGAAAUCCUCCUGUGCUAAUUGGCUCACAUUGCUAUUGGCCGGUUAUAGCAUGCUGCACAGAAAGACAGAUUUUUUUCAGCUUCCUAGGAAAUAAUUUAGAAAUAAGGACACAAAAAAUGAAAUGUUACAGUACCUUUGAAUGCAAUGAACUAUAAUCCAUUGUUCUGCGCUACAUCUUAAUAAUAUCUUCAAUGUUUAAAUCAAAAACUAUAAGAACACAUUUUUAUCAAUUUAUAAGUGUAACCUACCACCACAAAACUAUACCACUUAAAAUUGAAACAUCCAUGACGAUACUUAAUUUUUGCCCAGCUCUAAUCCAAUGAAUUAAACAACAAGAUAAUGCGGUAACUCAUCCAAACAGAACAUCUUUCUCAAUGAUCCCAUUGCAUGAACAUUUCCCUUGACGUUUUUUAACAUUAAUAUGAGUUCCCCCAGCCUGCCUAUGGCCCCCCAGUGUUUAGAAAUGGUGAUAGGUGUAAACCGAGCCCUGGGUAUCCUGCUCUGCCUUUGAGAAAAUGAAAGCUCAGAUGGGCCGAUCCUGAAUCUUGCUCCUUAUGAUGUCAUAAGGGGUAAGGUUACCUCCCCUUUCUUUGCUUUGUCCACCCAGAGAAUUCGGCCCACCCAUGAGAGAGAGAGAGACAUCAUGGCUUUCAAACGAGCAAAGUGGCAGUUGGUCAAGGCCACACCCCAAGCAUCCACCUUGCCCCCCCCCCCCCCCACCCCACUCUCUCCUCCUCAAAAGCCAAAGUCUCAGAAAUGGCGCAUACUAAGAAAGCUCAUUGUGGGACUUGCAAUACUAGCAAGACUGGUUACAGAGAGUCCAGCUUGGCUCGGGUAAAUGCUGCCUUUGUCCAGGUUGAAAGGAGUAAUAAAGUUUGCCGUCUGUACAGUCUGUGGUUUGGACAGCAGCCUCCAUGUUGUUAUAUUAUAUUAUAUUAUGUUAUAUUAUGAUCCUCAUAUGUAAACAUCACAACGUGAUCGGUUGAUGUCUUUAUUCGCGUCGCAAAAGUUCAGAAAAAUCUACCUUGUUUAAAAAAAUAAUAAUAAUCAGUUCGCUUUAUUACCACAUAAUAUUUGCGUUCUGUGUAAGAGUACAGGGGUUCGAAAAAAUUAUAAUGACGUGCCAAUGUAUUGCGUGAAAAGAAAAGAAAAACAUCGCCGGGGAUUAACGGCAUUUACUGCUGGUGUUUUUACAUUUCAGACAUUACCAUCUUCAGUUCAUUUCAGUAUAAAAGUCAGCAUCAAAGAGACUUGGAACUGUUACGAGUUAUCAAUUAGAGUAUUUCUUUUUUUUCCUCUUUUUUUCUUCAUCAUUGAUGAGUGUGAUUGUUUGAAAUUCUAACCCAGAAGACACACAACCUGCAAAUAUUGGUAUUCCAAAAAUUGUUCUUUUUUUGUGUAAUUACGUUUCCUGUUCGGCAUCUAACACCAGUCACUGCACUUACAGCAGUAACUUUCAAAUAAUAAAAAUGUGUGGGGUGAUUUAUUUUUCUGUGAGCAGGCAGGAAAGGUGAUGUUGGAAGUGUUAAAGUCCUUAGUAUGUUGCCACUGUGUUGUAUGCUCAGUUAAAAACAGAUGGAAGGAGUUUUUUGUUACUGUUCAUAAUGUGAAUCUGUCCCUGAAAAGAGCCUUCUCUCUCUCUCUGCUUUUCCUCAUUCCCUUCCAAUCUCAUCUUCUUUACUUUACUUCCUCUCCCCAGUUCAUCCUGCCCUCCUUUCUCUUCUCUUCUUCAAGUAUAUACCGUCUCCUUCCCUUUCUGACACCUCUGCUUUAUUCUUAGUUCAGCCUUUUUUAUCUGUACUUCCUUUCAUCUUCAAUUUUCAUCCUUUUUCCCUGUUUCUUCUUUCCUUCCAUUAAUUCUUCACUGCGUUUCCCUUUCAUCCCGGCUUCAUCCUUGUUCCAUAUCAUCUUUUGCUUUUUUCAUCUGUUCCUUUAUUGCCUCUUUCCUCCCUUUCUCUUCUUUUUGUUCUUUUCAACUUUCUCCUCUUUCUGUCUCGCUUCUAUCUUCUUUCUUUUCUUUGAUUCUUUUCUUUUAUUCCUUACCUCCCCUCUUGUUUUUCCUCUUCCUGAACCUCUCUCAUUGUAAUGAGUAACAUCCGAAGGGAUUUACAUAGGUCUUGAUUAAUGUCGUGUGUACUAUCCUCUUGUUCUUCUCUUGUCUUCUUUCAACACUAUUUUUCCUGUUCUACCCUUUCCUUUGUGACAGAAUGGGAAGCACAUUGACUUGAGUUUGAUCAUGACAGUUCAUGUGCUCACAACUAAUUCAAAGUGAUUUACGGAAACCUUCUCAAAGGCAAGAAAGUAAACAGACAGUAUUUCCCAAAUUAAAGUAUUUGUACAAACUUAAGAGUUCCAGAAGAAGUUAGUAGGAGUAUAGAGAGGCGAGUAGCUGCAUGCCAGUCCGGAUAUGAGAGUGAAAACAAGUUAGAAUCCAAAAUGGGAUCUGAAUGAAGUUCACCUUUACGUUGACUAUUUUGUAAAUUGCACAUCCUUGUAUAUACUUGUUAUAAUCCCAUGAAUAAUCAGCCAUCACAGCAGGUGUUCACACCCACAUCAGUUGUUAUCACUACCAUAGAUAUGAGGCGGUAGGUCCCUACAAUGGAGUCCUGUCUGGGGUCCCCAGCAAAACCCUAGAAAGGCUCCAGCAUGUCCAAGUCUCUGCUGCCAGGGUCAUCACCCAAAACAAGACCUGACAGCAAAUCACCCUAACCCUCUUCCACCUUCACUGGCUAAUAAUCAAGUUCCCGAUUCAACUACAAAAUCCUCCUCCUCACAAAUCCCUCCAUGUCCUGGCUCCACUGUACCUCUCCGACCUCCUCCAUCCACACACCCCACCCUGAAACCUGCGGUCUUCAGACGCUGGCCUGCUCUCCAUUCCACACACCAGACUCUGGCCCUUUGGAGCCUUUAGUGUUGCAGCCCCAUCCCUCUCGAACACCCUCAUGAAAGGUGCUAAUACACACAAGUUAUUAUUAGCAUUAUUGGUAUUACUCCAUUUGUUCGCUGGAACCCCCACCUGUGUCUGUACACACUCACGGUGCAGAAAGAUGACAUAUUAAGUAAGACCAACAAUGGUAGGGAUUAUUAAAAGAUAGAAACUCCUCGUGAAGAUACUGUAGUAGUAAUAAUAAUAAUAAUAAUAAUAAUAAUAUACUUUAAUAAUCCCGCAAGUGAAAAUUACAAUGUUUUCACUCUGUUGUUAUUACACACAGGCCUGAAUUACACACACAUUUUCUAUGAAUUAAAAAGGGACGCCAAGGCGUCCUGACCAGGCUAACAGGAACCAUUACUAUAUGAAUAGGGGACAACGGACUUGUGAACCUACUAGUAGGUGUUUUCACACCCAUAUCUAUGACUCUGAUAACCACUGAUAACGCCCAUUUCCUGUAAUGGAGCGAUAUCAUUCAAAAUGGGUGAUUUACACAUUUUUUUUAGACAUUAGUUCAUGUAAAGGUGAGCGUCAUGCGACAAUAUUAAGUCAAAAGUGUUAAAUAGAUCAACCAAGAUAUGGCAGGUGAUUUGAUUUGAUUCUCUUUGACUUUACUAUUCACUGAAUAAGAAGCUCAGGGGAAUUUGCCUCUUUUUUUUAACCAAUCCGAGCUCUUGUUUAGCUUCAGAGGAUGAUGUAGGCUUUCUUUCUCCUCCGUUCUUACUUCUCUUUCUCUACUCCUCCUGUUUCUUCUCCCUCCUCCCUACUCCCUACCUCUUCCCGGGUUUUUCUCUUAUUGUUCAUGUCUAAUUUGUACAUGCUGAUGUUAAAUAGGCUUUGCUGUUACUAUUAUUGGUAUUAUUGACAUGUGCAUACUGUGCAAUGAAGGUGGUGAUGCGGACUCCUCUGUCUGCACUGAGAGGGUGCCAAAGGCCUUCACAACACAUGUAAAUAAUCAGAAUAAAAGGUUGGAACUUG